GGCCCCUCGUACGGCGUCUCUUCAGCCAUCCCGGCGCCACGUCGGAGAACGACUCUAGGGCUAUACGCGCUUGCGCUUUGUCUAUAACCGGAAACAAAUGGCCUCCGUGCGGUACUUUUGACUCUGCUAUCGUGCAGGGUGCUCCUUUAGUUCGCCACGCGCGGCUGGUGCCACGCAGCUUUAAGAUUCUUUCCUUUCCCAUAAGCGUCAUUCUGCAUGCUUGACUUCGCCCUGCGCCACAGUUUACUUUCAUUUAUAUUCGCAGUGCCCCCACGAUGGUGCCCGAAUCCACGAGACAAGAGUCACUGGAACUCGAGGCCAUGUCACAGGACGAGCUUCUCGGCCCAGAACAAGGUACCAUGGGCGACAAAGGCAACGGGAAGGCUAAGAAGCCACUGUCCUUCUACCUAACCUUCUUGGCACUGAACAUCUGCGUCCUGCUCGUCUCGCUGGAUACAACUGCGCUUUCAGUCGCGAUACCGUUGAUAACCCGUGAUCUUGGCGGCACUACUCUCGAAGCUUUCUGGGCCAGUCUCUGUUUCACUCUGGCCGUUGUCGCCGUUAUGCCAAUCAUCACCAGUGUUUCCGAUGUCAUAGGCCGCAAAAUCCCACUCUACAUCUCCUUCGUCUUGUUUCUCGUCGGUUCCAUCGUCUUCGCGCAGGCCCACAGCAUGGCCGUACUCAUACUUGGCCGCGUUUUACAAGGUCUGGGCGGCGGGGGUCUUGACGUUCUGGGCGAGGUCAUCCUGGCAGAUAUUACCACCCUCAAAGAGCGGCCCUUAUACCUGGGGUUAUUCUCCCUUCCCAUGGCUGGCGGCGCCAUCUGUGGUCCCAUCGUGGGAGCGGCACUUGCACAGUAUGUCAGCUGGAGAUGGAUCGGCUGGAUCAACCUCCCAUUUGGUGUAACCGGCCUGGUGCUCUUCAUCUUUUUCUUGCGUCUCAAAAGCAUCAACACUUCGCUUACUGACAAACUCGGGCGCCUCGACUGGUUUGGUAUGGCGCUUUUUGUGAUCGGCAGCACCUUGUUUUCCAUUCCGCUCUCUUGGGCCGGCGCCCUGUAUCCGUGGGCCUCAUACCAUACGCUUGUGCCCUUCAUAUUAGGAAUUCUGUUCUUGGUAGCAUUCGGCUUCUACGAGGCGCGACCCGUUCAGCCUGUCUUCCCAUACCGCAUUUUUAAGAGCCGGACGGCCAACGCUACUCUCAUUGGCUCUUUCAUACAUGGCGCCGUGUUCAACAGCGGCCUCCUCUAUCUGCUACUAUCCUUCCAGGCUACAUUUCGAGAGACAGCAUCCAGGUCAGCGGUUUCGGUACUGCCAAUAUGCAUUACCAUCGUCGUAUUCAGCGUAGUUGGCGCUGUCAGUGUCGAGGUCACUCGCAAGUAUAAGCUAAUUACGAUUGUUGCAUGGCCAUGCAUGGCCAUCGGUAUUGGCAUUAUGGCGCUGUGGAAACCGCAUGCCGUAGCUGCAUUCAGAUAUGGUCCUCAAGUGCUUGCUGGGAUAGGCAUCGGCAUAUUGUUCACCACCACCACAUUCCCCAUGAAUGCAAGCCAGCAUAUCGACGAUGCUGGACUUGCUGUUGGCAUCAUGGUGUCCUUCCGCAUGUUUGGAGGCCUGACUGGCAUGUCUAUCUCCUCGACAGUCUUCCACAGCGUUUUCAAGCAUCGCAUCUCCCUGCUUGGCGCGCUUCCCGCUCAACUCGCCAAAAUCCAUGACGUCCGCGAGGCUGUCGGCUUCAUACCUUCUCUACGUUCAAUCGAUCACAAGAUCCCACUCUACGGCGCGGUGGUUGAGGCAUACAGACUUUCCUUUAUGGCUGUAUUCGUGGUACUCGCCAGCAUGGCUGCUGUUGGCUUCUUUUUCUCUCUUUUCAUCGAAGAUCUCAGUCUCGAAAGUGACGAGGUUGGAAGGCAGGGCUUCGAGCAGCAGAAAUAAAACAUGUGUCGAACGGAAAAUAAUUUAUCUACUUCGCCAAUAUAUUAAACAUGAAUAAUCUG